AUGUCGCAGCCCCUGAAAGAGGCCGAUAUCAUAUUUCCGCAUCUCUCCAACACACCAAACCUAUCCAGUACCCUCUCCUCUCUACGCCGCUCAACACUAUCAACGCAAAACCGUCUCGCCUCAAUCGUCUCGGACAGUGAAUUCAUCACAUCUGUCGGAUCUGCCUACGACCUGCCUCUGGUGGCAAAUGAACGGUGUGGAAGCUGGUACAUUCCUCCCUCUCGAAAAUCUGGAUCUGUUUACUUCAAGAGCACGGACGGCCAUAUGGGCGAAUGGAGUUUCAGUCUAAGAAGACUGAAUUUGCAGUUGUUAGAUGUCGUGAAGAGUUAUGGUGGAGCUGUGGUUGUGGAUAGUACGAGAAGGGGGAAAAGUAUGCCGGAUGCGUUGAGUAAGACAAUUCCGACAUGGUGUUGUGUGAUCAACAGGGCCGUAUUUGGCGCACACGAGAAAGAGGAGAUGCAGUUGUUUACACCGCCGCAAGCUGUAGGCGAAAGUGAGCAUGCGCAAAUGGAGAAGAGGAUAGAUGAGUUCGUGCGACAGUUUCUGGAUGUUUGCAAGCCCAACAUCUCGGACCUUCGCAGUAAGCUACAGAAACCUCUGCGACCGAUAUGGGUGACACAACAAUCAUCUCUUCCAGAACUAGCACCUUCUUUUCCGGAUUUCCAUCCCAUCGUGCUCUGCACAGCCUCACGGCGAGUGCGCGGUGCUGAAGUAUCAGAAGGCGGGUACAUUCAGGGUGCUGCCGAUGACCAUGAAGCGUGGUCGCAUAGUCUCACUCCGGCAAUGUUCUGGAAGCAUAAAGAUACAUUGAUGAAUACGAGCGAAGAAGAUGCGCCGGCUCUCAUUGAAAGACUGCUCAAGGAGGAUGGAGGUAGCAGUGCAGUCGCGAGUUUGAUCAAGCCGACGUCGAAACUGCACAUCUCAUCUAGUGAUCAGAUAAACGUUGAGGGGUUCGGAGUUGUGGUAAGCUGCACACCGGAGCCGUUGUCCUCUUCGAUGCUCAAGGAAGCUGGAGUCAAACACUAUUUGCAUCUCAAAUGCCAGACAGGCAAACUCGGAUCGCGCGACCUCCGCACUCAACUCCCGCAGCUUCAGUAUUUUUUUUCAUCCCUUUCAACACCAAUAACUACAAAGAUCCUCGUGUGCUGCCCAACAGGCAAGGAUCUCUCCGUCGGCACCGCCCUUGCGAUGUUAUGCCUCUAUACGAACGAACAAGGGGAGAUAGAUACCAGCAAACCAAGAGAUGCAAAGGACAUGGGAAAAGCCUUCAUCAAGCAAAGGUUAAGCUGGAUAACAACAAGCAAUCCAGCGCUGAAUCCAAGUCGAGCUACGCUUCAAAGUGUCAAUGCUGUCUUACUAGAGAGCCAGGACCCGAAGGCUUACUUACAGACGAAGAGUGACGGCACGGGUAUUAACAGUUUCACUGCCUCGAUUCCGAUUAGAGAAACAAGACCCUUGUCGCAAGAGGCAGAAGAGCUACAAACAGGAAAAGCACCUGGAGACGGGGAACCACAACAAGAUCCUCCUUCGAUGCCUAAAACCAUCUUCAAAAACCUACUCAACUCGCCGAGUCAAUCAUGGAGCUUUGAACGUACACUGCGCUCCUCCCUACCCACACACCCUUCGGGCACCGUGACAGGAACAGCGACAUUUACGUCCUGCAAUCUGCCGGAUCACUUUCCACCCACGUUACUCUACGCUGAAGAAGGCGAAUUCGUUACCGACACAGGGCUAAAGUUUACUGCGCGGAGAAGAUAUGUGUAUCAAAUCAAAGUUGGAGAUGAUGAAGAUGGGGGCGAGUAUAUAGCAGUACGCUUCUUUGAUGACGAGAAGAUGCCGCGAGCGGAUAUCGGGGAUGGUGUUGGAAAGAACGGAGAAGGGAUUGGCGGAUUAUUUGUAGAGAUGGGCAGCCUUGAGACUACUGGGGGAGAAGUGAAAGCGAAGAACAAGGAAACACACCUCUGUGCCGAAGACUUGUAUUCUGCGAGCUGGACAUUUGGGGAGGGUGUCGUUGUAGGGAGUGAGUGGGCGAAGUGGUGGGAAGUGCGCUAUGACGUCAAAGGGCCAAAGAAGGACUACGUGAGUACUACACGAUAUACUCUUGUUUGA